ACUAACUUGGUCAUUGAGAUGUGUUUCGUCUGAUCAAGUAACGCGAGAUCUCUUCGAAAGUCACCAGCAUCAUCAGAAGCAAGCAAGGACGGGAUAUGCCCAGUCUUCGACCUCUGACUACAUCGGUACGAACAAUCACGACUUCGACUUCAGCUUCGACUUUGGCUCGUCGUCGAGCCAGCGCGGUAGCUUCUCAGAUCACUUCUCAGGCUCCAGCAGUUCCGCGAUCGAGACCAAUAGCUUUGGGAGUAUCAUCCGGUGCGAGACUUUCAAAGACUUUAUCGACGUCAACUGCAGCAAAAAUGAAAUUCCCCGGCGGAUGUUACUGCAAGAAGAUUAGAUACGAGAUCGAUCUCGAGGAUGCGGACAAGGCCCGGACAAGUAUUUGCCAUUGUAAGAACUGCAAGAAAUUCACCGGCGGUCCAUUCGGCAUCACCUCGAAAAUCCCCGAGAGCAGCUUCAGUGUCACACAAGGCAAGGAGUACAUCACAGUCCACGAGGCAGAUAACGGUAGCGGAACGAUGCUGCAUCGGGAAUUUUGCAAGGAGUGCGGGAGUCCGAUCCUGGAGCGUGGUGCUAAUGCCGGAGACUUCACGUACAUCUUCUACGGGACGCUGGACAAGCCGACGGAUCUGCCGCCAAAGGGAGAAUUCUUCUGUAGCAAGCGGGACAAUUGGAUGCCCGAGGUUCCUAGUACGUCUGACCCUAUCAUGUCAUGUGCCGUUGACUAUGAGCCAGUUGACUGA